AUGGCGGGCUCUGUGGAAGAGGGCUCCCUAUGCUUUUUAGCAGUGCAGCGCUCAAGCCUGCCCCAUGUGUGGUGGUCGAGGCGCACUCACCAUUGGCUCGGCAGCCUAAAGGGGCGUUGCUUCGCGGCUGAAAGCUUCAUCAAGCAGCUGUCAUCGUAUGAAAUCAUCACCCCGCUCCGCUUGAAUGACUUCGGGGAAUCAUUCCCCCACAAGUUGCACUACAGAAGGAGACGGAGAAGUUUAAAUGAUGACAUGUCGGGUUUACGGCUCCACUACAGGAUUGAUGCAUUCGGAGAACGCUUUCAUCUCAAUCUGACCGCCGACUCCGGCUUCAUCGCCCCCUCUUACACAGUGACACACUUGGGAGCGGAACAGAGCAACGCCACGGACACCCCCUUCCAUGACCCGAGCGAUAUGCGCCACUGCUUUUUCCGCGGACACGUCAACGCCAAGAGCGAGCACCCUGCCGUCUUCAGCCUGUGCACUGGCCUUAUUGGAACAUUUACGACACAACAUGGGGAAUACUUCCUGGAGCCUCUUUUAAAUGCUGCGGGGGAGGAAUAUGAUGAAGAGCACAACAAACCUCAUCUUGUCUAUCGACAAGGGAGGAAGAAGAACAUCUCACAUACUGACAUCAACACAGAGCCCUGUGCUGCCUCAGAGAACUCCAAGAGGCCGGUUGCUUUUGAGAGCAGGGGGAGUAUGGUGGAGGAGCUGCACUCUCUCAGAGAAACCAUCGAUGAUCAACACAUUUAUGACAACAACUCCACCAACACACACCCCAAAUCCCCAAUCAGACGCAAGCGCUUCCUCUCCUACCCUCGCUACGUUGAGCUGAUGGUGACAGCAGAUGCCAAAAUGGUGCGUCACCAUGGACGCAACCUUGAGCACUACAUCCUAACAAUCAUGUCAGUAGUAGCAGCAGUGUACAGGGACCCCAGCGUAGGAAACCUCAUCAACAUCAUGAUUGUCAAGCUAGUCGUCGUCCACAAUGAACAGGAAGGGCCCACAGUGAGCUUCAAUGCUGCCACGACUCUCCACAACUUCUGCGUCUGGCAGCAGGGCCAAAACGUCCAGGACGACAGCCAUCCCUCUCACCAUGACACAGCACUCCUCAUCACCAGGGAAGACAUCUGCCGUGCGAAAGAUAAAUGCGACACGUUAGGGCUUGCGGAGCUGGGGACCAUGUGCGACCCGUUCCGGAGCUGCUCCAUCAGUGAGGAAAAUGGAAUUAGUGCCUCCUUCACCAUUGCUCAUGAGCUGGGCCAUGUGUUCAACAUGCCUCACGAUGACAACCCAAAGUGUCGGGAGGCAGGCAUGAAGCACCAGUAUCAUGUCAUGGCUCCCACCCUCAACUAUGACACCAAUCCCUGGUCGUGGUCCAAGUGCAGCCGCAAGUACAUCACAGAGUUUCUAGACACCGGUUAUGGGGAGUGCCUCCUUGAUGAGCCUGUAAGUAGGACUUACGAGCUGCCCACCCUCCUCCCUGGUCAAAUCUACAAUGCCAACAGGCAGUGUGAAUUGAUGUUUGGACCCGGUUCCCAAAUUUGCCCUUACAUGAAACAGUGCAAGAGGCUGUGGUGUACCAGUGCAGAGGGGGACCACAAAGGAUGUCGCACACAGCACAUGCCACUUGCUGACGGGACAGACUGUGGACAUGGAAUGUACUGCAAACACGGGAUGUGUGUAAACAAGGAGUUGGACCUGCAGCCAGUCCAUGGGGAGUGGGGACCCUGGGGGCCCUACAGUGUCUGCUCCAGGUCUUGUGGUGGAGGAACCCGGAGCAAUGCCAGAGACUGCAACAAGCCUGAGCCCAGAAAUGGCGGGAAGUUCUGUGUGGGUCGCAGGAUGAAGUUCCGCUCUUGCAACACCGAGCCAUGUCCGCGUGGACAAAAGGAUUUCCGCGAAGAGCAGUGCUCUCACUUUGACGGCAAGCACUUCAACAUCAACGGUCUACCUCCCGCCGUUCGCUGGGUGCCCAAGUACAGUGGCAUACUAAUGAAGGAUCGCUGUAAGCUCUUCUGCCGGGUUGCUGGGACCACGGCGUACUAUCAGCUAAAAGACCGCGUCAUCGACGGCACGCCGUGUGGGCCAGACACUUACGACAUCUGUGUUCAAGGCCUCUGCAGGCAAGCAGGCUGCGACCACGUUCUUAACUCGAAGGCCAGGAAUGACAAGUGCGGAGUGUGUGGCGGGGACAACUCGUCAUGUAAAACCCUGGCAGGGACCUUCAACGAUGCUCAGUAUGGUUACAACAUAGUGGUGCGGAUCCCAGCUGGAGCCACCAACAUUGAUAUCAAACAGGUCAGCUACUCUGGAAAACCAGAGGACGACAACUACCUCGCAUUAUCCGACAGCCAGUCCAACUCCCUCCUGAAUGGGAAUUUUGUGGUGGCCAUGUUCAAAAGGGAAAUCACCUUCAAGGGAAUCGUCAUCGACUACAGCGGCUCAGACACAAAAGUGGAGCGCAUCAACUGCACUGACCGCAUCGAGGAGGAGCUCAUUCUGCAGGUCUUGUGUGUGGGAAACCUGUACAACCCAGAUGUCCGUUACUCCUUCAACAUACCAAUCGAGGAACACAGGGAGCAGUUUGUGUGGGACCCCUCAGGCUCCUGGCUCGAGUGCAACCGCAUCUGUCAGGGCCAGCGAAGACGAAAGGCCGUAUGCGUUCGUAAGAGUGAUCACCUCGAGGUUUCCGACCAACGCUGUGAACAAUUACCCCGUCCUGUUGCUGUCGCUGAGCCCUGCAACACUGACUGUGAAGUCAGAUGGCACGUUGCUGGAAAGAGCGAAUGUUCUGCAAAAUGCGGCCCAGGCUACCGCAGCCUGGAUGUUCAGUGUAUGAAGUACAUCCUGGUGAAGAGACAGAGUGAGAGGAUGGAGCCAGCUGCCUGUGGAGACGCCGCCAAACCUCAGACCAGAGAGCCCUGCCAUGGGGACUGUCUGCUUAAGAGCUGGCAGUACAGCGCCUGGUCACAGUGCUCUAAGACGUGUGGACGUGGGAGCCGUAGCAGAGAGUCUUACUGUAUGAACAACCUGGGCAGACGGCUGGUGGACCGGGAGUGCAACGAAUACCAGAGGGUGGUCACUGAAACCUGCAGCGACCAGCUGUGUCCGAAAUGGACUCUUAGCGAAUGGAGUGAGUGCCUGGUGACUUGUGGGAAGGGGAUGAGGCACAGACAAGUGUCCUGCAGCCUGGGAGCCGUGGAGGAAAAGCUGAGCGAGCACCUCUGUGACCCAUCCAGCAAACCUCCUGCUGUGGGGAGCUGCGAGCUGCCUGAGUGUGCGUCCUGGCAGGUCGGCGUCUGGGGAGCGUGUGCAGUGACCUGUGGCCAUGGCUACCAGAUGAGAGCUGUUAGGUGUGUGUCGGGGCCCUACGGUGACACAGUAGAUGACAGAGAGUGCAAUGCUGCGGCGAGGCCUAGAGACAGUCAGGAUUGUGAGAUGCCGGCGUGUCCCUGGGCCUCUCCGGUGCAAAGCACAUCACGUCCUGACAACUCCGCUCAGCUGCUGACUCAAUGGAGAUACGGCUCCUGGACUGCGUGCUCAGUGUCCUGUGGCAAGGGGAAGCGGGCGCGUUACGUCAGCUGCAGAGAUGCCCAGGGAGGAGUCGCAGACGAGUCAAACUGCGCCCACCUGCCCCGGCCCCCGGAGACAUCCGCCUGCUUCAGCCCCUGUGGUCAGUGGCGUGACGGGGAGUGGUCUCCUUGUUCAGUGACCUGUGGCGUUGGAAGAACCACCAGACAGGUGGUCUGCUCUAACUACCACCAGCCAGUGGACCAGUCAUUCUGUGACCCGGAUGAGAAGCCUGCAACAGAACAAGAGUGCAACACUGCACCCUGCCCCUCUAUCUACCACCGUCAGCGCAUCAAUGACCAGCCUUACGGAUAUCCCCAGGACCCAGGACGCCAUCCCGGGCACAGCAGCUGGAAUGUGCCCUCGGCAGACAACCAGUGGAGGACCGGACCCUGGGGCGCAUGUUCCAGUACCUGUGCAGGAGGCUUCCAGAGGCGAGUGGUGGUCUGUCAGGAUGCCGACGGACGCAGCAACAGCUACUGCGACGAGAGGGUCAAACCUGCCGAGUCCAAGAGCUGCGACUCUGGGCCCUGUCCUCUGUGGAACUACGGUGUCUGGGGAGAGUGCACUCAGACCUGCGGAGGAGGAAGGAGGACUCGCCUGGUGGUUUGUCAAAGGCCCAACGGCCAGAGGCUCAACGACUACAACUGCGACAUCCUGGACAAGCCGCCCGACAUGGAGCAAUGCAACCUGCAGCCCUGCCCAGGCUCUGCCUCCUGGCACCGCCGACCAUGGAAGCCGUGUUCGGUGAGUUGUGGCCGAGGGACCAAGCAGCGGGAGAUAGCCUGUGUUUAUCAGAACCAAACCAAAAUAGACGAGGAACACUGCGGUCAUCUGCCUCGGCCGCGGAGGGAGAAGGCCUGUCGGGCGCAGGGAUGCCCCAGUUGGAAGGCCAACAGGUGGAGGGAGUGCUCUGUCACCUGUGGAGUCGGCGCUCAGAACCGAGAUGUUUACUGCAGACUGAAAGGCACUGGCCGGGUCAGAGAGGAUCUUUGUGAUGCUCAGCAGCGUCCUGCCGUUGUCCGGCCAUGCCAAUCUGCAGAAUGUACACAAUUCACUUGGGUCGCUGGCGAAUGGGAAGAAUGUAAUGCAACCUGUGGAGAAGGCAUGAGAAGCAGGAAGGUGGGGUGCAUGGGCGCAGGGAUGACACCCGUCCAGGAUGAUUACUGUGAGCCAUCGUCCCAGCCCGCAUCACACCAGGCCUGCAAAAGAGCUCCCUGUCACUACAUGUGGAUUUCAGGGGACUGGUCACAGUGCUCUGCCAGCUGCGGUGUGGGCUACCAGCAGCGUAUAAUCUCCUGCUCCGUGGUGCCCUCCUCUCAUGCUCUGCGCUCGUAUGCUGCUGCCCAGUCCUCCUCCGCCAGCACCCACUGCCCUGAGCCCCACCCUCCUGGCUCCCGACCUUGCGUCCUCAGGGACUGCCCGCACACAACCUACUGGAAAGUUGGCCCAUGGAGCAAGUGCUCGCAGACCUGCGGGGCAGGAGUGAUGCAGCGCAGAGUGGAGUGUGUGACCUCCAAAGGCCACUCGUCUAAACACUGCCGUCCUUCAGAGAGACCGGAGUCUCAAGCUUCAUGUCAAGACAGAGAAUGCCAGUUGUUCGCUUCCUGCCGAGAGGUCCAGAUGAGACUGGGUGUGAAGAUAGAUGGGGAAUAUUAUCUCAAAGUCAAGACCCGGAUCCUACAGAUUUACUGCGCUGAGAUGCAGACUGAUUUCCCCAAAGAGUAUGUGACCCUGCGCAGCGGUCAGACGGACAACUACUCCGAGGUGUAUGGGCACAGGUUGCUGAACCCCUUUGAAUGUCCGUAUAACGGCAGCCGAAGACAGGACUGCGACUGCAGGAACGACUACUCAGCAGCGGGAUACACACUCUUCCACAAAGUUCGUCUGGACCUGAGCUCCCUGAGGAUAAUGAUCACAGACCUCCAGUUUUCCCAAACUCUUCUUGGUCGACCUGUGCCCUUUGCUACAGCGGGAGAUUGUUAUAGUGCAGCUAAGUGUCCACAGGGCCAGUUCAGCAUAAAUCUGAUUGGCACUGGUCUCAAAGUGGCUGAGGCCUCCAAGUGGACAUCACAGGGCAACUAUGUCUCCGUCAAAGUGCACAGAUCUGAGGACGGAACAAGAAUCUACGGCCGCUGUGGUGGCUUCUGUGGGAAGUGCAUUCCCCAGGCUCACAACGGCCUACUCCUCCAAGUCCACUGAGAGCCAUGCACGGACCAAACCCCUUAAUCUAUCCUGACGACAGUUACAUUCAAUAAUAGUGAUUUGUUGGACGCCGUCUUCAUCCGUCAGUGUGGUGGUGGAGGAGCAUUUAACAGUUAUCAUCCUAUAGUAACAUCCCUAGUUCCCAAAUGGCAGCUAAAACAUACAAGACACUCUGUACUGUGCAGUACUACAGGGCCACUGUCAGGUCCUUCAUCACCCUGAAGAAGAGCCGGCUAUAUUUGCAUGUCAACCGUGUUGCAAUGGCUAUAACACAUGUCUGCGCUUUGGAACCUAAAAGGCUUUUUAUUCUGACAUUUACGCAUUUUUUUUAGCAUCGUACAAAGGGAUACAAAACUUCAAACAGUAUAAAAACCUAAUACUUCAAGGAAGAAAUUCUCAUCUUUAAAAGAAACACUCAUAAAAAGAAUUCUGGUAAAAAAAAAAAAAACGUUUCCAGAAUUUCGUUAUGAAGAACCUGAAACUAAUCUUCUUAUAUGUGAACAUCCAC